GAGACCCUGACCGACUCUCGGGAGCACUCGGGUCCGUGGGGUCGUUACUCCACAAGCUGCCCUGCGGGCUUUUUUAUAUCAUUAUUAUAGUUUUUUUAUAUAAUUCGACAUUAAGAGACCAUAUACAUAUAGUUGUAAUUUAUAAAAUGGUUAAUGUAUUGUUAUUAUUUUGACGUAUAAAAAUGCCCUUGUGGCCUAUUUGCUGAAUAAAUGUUGAAGAAGUUGAAGAGCGGAAGUCAUUCCUUAUUUUUGUAAUAAAAAAAUGUUCUGAAGGUGUUUUGUUUUUUUUCACCCGUCGCUUAAUAAGCUUGAAUUUUGUAUCGCUCUCACUUAUAGAUACGGCGCACCAAGGUCGAGGUGCAGUGCGGUAGUGUGUUACAGACUUCAGGGUUAGCAACACAACAAAAUUGAUUGUAAUAGAGAGGUAAAGUCCAAGAAAAACACGUACACUUAUUCUGACAUCCAAAACAGAUGGCGCUGUACUGCGCCAUGUGUUUUGCGGUCACUAAGUUGUCAAACGUCAACUUUUGAAAAUCAGUGUUACCGCAAAAAUCGCAAUAUGUAUUGAGUAGUACAGCGUCAUCUCGUUUACCUGUCAAAUUUGAAGCACGAAAUUGUCCUAGACUCCACACAUCUUACUAAAUCAAAGUAUCUUUUCACAUAACAAUAUACUAAUAAAGAAUUUUUAUUUAUUUACUUACUUCCUAUUAAAACAUAAACUCCACAAAUAAUACAUACUUAGUAUUUUAAAUAAAAUGAGCCGAGAACGUUAAAAAGGUAUCGAUGUAUCGAUAAAACCUAGUAACAGUAAAAAUCUUCUGGGCAGCACUAAAACCGCCAUGUUUAGUUCUAAGAUGACGUCACAGUGGCACGCAUUAUUCGUUGACGUUUCACUUCCAUAGGUUUCAUAUUUCAGUGGAUGUCGUGCUUUCCUAAUUUUUUUUAUUGUUUUUUGAGCCCUACACAGUACUUUUGAUCCAGAUAAGAACAGAAUAAAUACUAAGCAUGCAAGAAUCUGACAACGAGGUUGCAGAUACAGGGCCCGUCGAUAAUGCAUGGGCUAUGAAAAUACCCAAGUUCACCCCAGAGGAUAACCCUCAUGGUCUGUUAGAAGAAAGUAAAUUUGCAACCUUAUUCCCUAAAUAUCGUGAACAGUACCUGAAAGAAUGUUGGCCUCUUGUGCAGAAAGUGUUAAAGGAACAUCACAUUGUCGCCGAAUUGGAUCUUAUUGAAGGUAGCAUUAUUGUUAAAACUACGAGAAAGACUUGGGACCCCUAUAUAAUAAUAAAAGCUAGAGAUUUAAUGAAGCUAAUGUCCCGAAGCGUCCCGUUUGAACAGGCAGUCAGGGUUCUAGAGGAUGAAAUAGGAUGUGAUAUUAUUAAAUUAAACUCAUUUGUGCGAAAGAAGGAAACCUUUUUGAAAAGACGGCAGCGAUUGAUAGGACCAAAUGGAGUGACUCUCAAGUCUAUCGAACUACUGACCGAGUGUUACGUACUUGUUCAAGGCAAUACUGUGUCCGCGGUUGGCCCAUACAAAGGUUUAGUUCAGGUCCGACGCAUAGUAGAGGAUACCAUGAAAAACAUCCACCCAAUGUAUAACAUAAAAAGUUUAAUGAUUAAGAGAGAACUAAUGAAAGAUCCUAGGCUAAAAAAUGAAAGCUGGGACAGAUUCCUGCCAACAUUUAAAAGCAAAAAUGUGCCAAGGAAACAGCCUAAAAAGAAAGUUCAGAAGAAACCUUACACUCCGUUCCCACCGCCUCAAGCAGAGAGCAAAAUUGACAAGGAGCUGGCUACUGGGGAGUACUUCCUCAAGGAUGAACAGAAGAAGGCUAAGAAGAGGCAUGCCAGAGAGGAGAAACAAGAACAAAAUAAGCGGGCUCGUGUGGAGCAGCGGCAGAAGGACUUCAUUCCACCGGAAGAGAAAUCUGUUGCUCCCUCUACAUCCACAGAGUCUACAGUUGAUAUCCAACAGUUUAAGGCUAAAAUGAAAAAGUUCUCUAAACAGCAUAAAGGACUGAAAAAAUCUAAGGCAAAGGAAGAUGGUCAAUAGGAUAAAGUUAAAGUGGAAAGUGUAUACACUGUAUUUUCUAGAGAAACAUUUGAAAGUUUACUAACUUGUUGAAUU